UGUGCUUUGUUGUCGUGAUUGUUGUGAUUCUUCGUGCGCCAAAAAUUGUUCACGAAAUGGAUGAUUCAUAAAAUCGCGGAUGGCCGUUUUCCCCAGUGUCGUGUUUUAAGUUUGCCUUUUCGUUCGCUUUCCACUAGUGCACCACUAAUUGUUUCCACCUUCAGCUGAUAAGCUGCUGUCCAUCAAUCCUUCAAUCAGCGCACUCGCACUUUCAUCUCGCCUCGCCUCGGCUUUGUGUGCCGCCGUCUUCGAACAUAUUCUCGACUGCAGCAAAAAUGUUUGGCAAAAAGAAGGACACCAUCGAUGGAAGACGCAUUUCUCCGGGAUCGAGUCGUUCGCCCGAGAAUGGUUCCAGCAACAGCGGGCCAGCGUAUAUCAUCGAGCGUUACGCCGCGUACUAUCCCAUGAACCACAAGCGCCGUGGAAUGGCUCUGAUCUUUUCUCACUACAACUUUGCCGUUCCGCAUAUGAAUUUCCCACCACGAGAAGGCAACAGAGUAGACUGCGAUCAGCUGACUGAGAUGUUGCAAAAGUUUGGAUUCGAUGUUCACAUUUAUCACGAUUAUAAGCUGUCGGAAAUUAAGGACGUCACAUCGAAGGUUGCGCAGAUGGAUCACAGCGAUAAUGAUUGCCUGCUGGUGGCCGUGCUUACACACGGUGAAAAGGGUGACUACCUGUUUGCCUACGAUUGCGUGUACGAGUUUUCCGCCAUCUGGAGCCAGUUUACUGCCGAUCAAUGUACGACUUUGGCCGGAAGGCCUAAAAUUUUCCUUAUUCAGGCGUGCCGUGGAGAUGAACUUCAAAGUGGCGUAAAGGUGCAGCGGGAUGGCAUCGCCCGUUACUCCAUACCGACACAUGCCGACUUUUUGUUCGCGUACGCAACAAUUCCAGGCUACAUGGCAUUUCGGAACACUACCCACGGUUCGUGGUUCAUUAACGAGCUGUGUAAGGAAAUGCGGGAGAACGGGCAUAAAUACGAUUUCCUUACGCUGCUCACGUUCGUCUCGCAAAAGGUGGCCUUCGAACAUGAGUCGGUAUCGAACGAUGCUCGGUUCAACAUGCGUAAGCAGAUGCCGUGCAUCGUGUCCAUGCUUACGCGUGUGUUGCUUUUCAACUCCGUUUAGACGAUCCUCUGACGGGGUGAGCUACUACGCUAAUCAUCACACACUGCGAUUCAAUUAGUCAUGGCAUACUACACUUCGAAGUAGUAGAAGUUGAUGUCGACGUUAUCUCCUCCUGAAUCCACUUUUUUUACCACGAUCUACCAUUACGCGCUACCUCAUCGCGAGCGUAUUACGUUAGUUUUGCGCUGGUCAAACGCACAAUCAUGUCGCGCUUUUUUUAUUGUUUGUUUUAAUUUAUGUUACAGUAGCAAACGUGUGUUUGGUACUCAGUGUUUUAUAUGUAAAAUUAAUCGAAUUAUUAUGUUUACACUUGUGCUGUAGUCAUACCCUGAUUAGAACAGAAAUACCCAGUGACAAUGAACCUUUGCGACCAACAAGACAAUAAUUUAUGUUAGAUUUCUUUGAAUUUGAAUCCAUGAUUAUCAAUAGAGGGGCAGUUCAAAACAUGGGUCACAAUGCUGAACAUGAAUCUUUUAUACAACCUGUUGCUCAUUGACUCAGUCGCACUAGUCGAGAUGGCAGCUAGAUGCACUUUUGCAUUUUUUUAUUUAAAUGAUUACCACGGGAACCUAGGACACAUUUUAUAACUGCAGAAGUGUGAAAUUCUAAUCAUUAGGUCUAAGUUUCAAUGCUAGAAAAUAAUUUAUUUAAGUUACCAAAUUUAAUACUGCGUCCGGACAAAAGGUCUUGAAAAUUCCUCUUCUACAUUCAGGUCUUGUUGAUCUAAUCUUUUUUAAACAUUCUAUUUAUAUCCAAAUUGGCCCCAUGGCAUGGUUCUGGUUCUUAUGCUCAUCACUUUAAUCAGCUAGCAUCUAGUAUUUACAAAACUAAAUUAUACUCUUAUUUACCUUUCGAUGUACUUUAUUAUACAAUUUUUACUCUAUUGAAUCCGGACCAUUAACGCUUAGCCAAAGUGUACACGAAGAUUAGCGCAAAACCAUAUUAAAACCCAUGGCAGGUAAUUAUGAAUCGUUCCAGUUCGUGUUGAUCCGACUUUUGGCAUACGAUGUACGAUGAAUAAUAGAAUGGAUAAAAUGGAUCAAAAACACCAAAUUAGCCCGGUAGCGGCUUCAUUGAUAGCAAUCCGAAUCGGCCCACCAUAAUUGAAAUUUUAUUGAUCUACAAAUCGAUAACAAUAUCGAUCCACCGAAGCGGAGCAAUAACUCUCGCGUAAAUAUUGAGACCCGAUCGAAGGGAACAAUAGAUCGCGCGCGUGGAAAAUGGGGCAGCUCAGGCUUGUCUUCGGUGUAAAAAAAUGAAAUAAAUUGUCCAGCUACGAAAAGGUAA